AUGGGUCCUAUUGUUAAGAUUAAGAAGCCUAAAAAUACCGGUGAUGACCAGGGAGACGGGCAGCCUAAACUUAAGAAGAUUAAACUUAAGAGUAGUACUGUACGGGAUGAUACGAAGAAAACAACCCAUCAAUCACCGCAGCCUUCCAAUGCAGCGAAUACAAAGAUUAAGCUAAUGAUUAAAAAGAAGGAUAUUGAGCCUUCACCAAGCAGUGAUUCAAAGCAAUCGAUGAAACUAAAGCUGAACAUUAAGAGAGAUUCAAUUACGCCAGUGCCAUCUGCAAGUUCAGGUGCGAAAACCAAAGCUCCAAAAAUACGCGUUAAGCCCCCAAGGAUUCCGGGAGAAGGAUACGAUUCCGAGGCAUCAGAUAUAGAAGAGGAUCCUUUGAUAGAAGAAGGUAUAAUAUUGCGGGUGCUCCCGGAUAUCCAGGCGGAAUUUGUGAAAAAUUCUAUUGAAAGUGGUGAUUACUCUGGCAUAAGCAUUAAGUGGAAGGGCGAAAGACAUGCAAUUGUAAGAAUUAACGACUAUCAGUACGGUGCAGUGCUUGUUAAUAUUCCUACGUUGUUAGAAGUAAACAAAUCAGUUGAUGGGAAAAAUCUGCUUAAGACAUUUGACGUUUCGCAAAUGCUACUUUGCAUUGCGAUGAUAAAUCGAGAGGAGGAGGUAUUUGACCUUCAUCCCCCGGAUACAGAAGACCUAGUAAAGAAGCAUUUUGAAAGAUAUCAGGCAGAAAUAACGGAAUCCAGGAAAAAGAUAUUAACUGGCUUCCAAGGUGGUUCCCUGACAGACGCAGAAAGCAAGCACUUAGACGCGAUCGCUGAAAAAGCAUACGACUACAAGCAUGGUAUAACUCCUCCCCUCUAUAAUGUGCGUAACAGGCGGUUCCGACGCCGAAUGGGCUCUACUGAAAUGGACUAUGUGGAGAAGACGGUAGAACUUCUGCUGAAACAAGAUGCGGAGGCAGAGGAGUUCAGCUAUGACCUUGUGGACGAAGACUCGCUAGCUCAGAAGACUUCGUCUAACAUUGACCUAGUCAAUUAUGCCAAACAGAAUAGUACAAAUGCUAUGUCACCUUCUCAGACCGCCGCUGCAAACUUGUCGGUAGAUAGCACCUUAUUUGGUGACAAGUUCGACAACGUUGAUCACGAAGAUCAUGAAGACUUCGAGCUAGAACUCGAACAAGCGCUACAAGACUCCAGUGAUAGAGAAAAAGGUCGCACCCUGUCGGGUGACGAGCAGCCUCCGGCUGACGAGGCGGGAGAUGAGGUUGAACAAGACAAUGGCGAGGAAGAAGACGAGGAUGAGGAAGAUGAAGAGGACGAGGAUGAGGAGGACGAAUUCGGCCAGAAGAACCCCAAACCGGAAACGAACGAAGAUUUGCAGCAUAAUGAACUUCUCAAGGACGAACUGGGUGAACUUGAGAGCAUUCUACAACAAAACAAGGACAAACUGGCAAAGGCAACGAAUCCAUUGCUAAAGUCGCGUUUCAUCGACAGCAUCAACAAACUCGAAAAAGAAGUAGAAAUAAAGCGUAAGCAACUGCUCGCAAGCGAAGAAACUUUACAGAACAGCAAUACAAUCGCGCCAGAGGUUCCCGUCGCACCAACAUCACGCCCUCCAAGAGCGGAAGAUGAAGAGGAAGAAGAAGAAGAGGAAGAAGAGGAGGAAGAAGAAGAAGAAGAGGAAGAAGAGAUGGAGGAGGAAGAAGAAGAAGAAGAUGAAGAAGAAGAAGAAAAUAAUGAACAGCAGCCUACUGAUCAAAGGUCCCAACAAGACGAAGAACUUGACCAAGAUGAUAUGGACAUGAUGAUAUUAUUUGGAGCGGAAGGUGACGACUAA